GAAAGUGCCAAGGCAGGGUAAAGGUUGGGGUGGGGCGAGCAUUAAGUACACAGGAUUCAGUCCGUGAAGCGCGCCGGCCGGAGGGGAGGAGGGACGGGGCGCGCGCAUCCGGCGUGCACGAGCCCGGAGAGGAGGGGACUCAGGGACCAGUGCGGAGGAGGCGCACUCCCGCAGCUGGGUCCGAGAGGGUAGACGCCGCACUCUGCCAGACAUCAUGGCCCAGGUAGACAUGGAGCAGCUGCGAAGCAGGGGUGCCGGCAAGUCCAUCGCCGUGCUGACCAGCGGGGGAGACGCGCAAGGUAUGAAUGCAGCCGUGCGAGCAGUGGUACGGAUGGGGAUUUAUGUGGGAGCUGACGUUUAUUUUGUCUAUGAGGGUUACGAAGGGCUUGUUGGUGGUGAGGAGUACUUAAAGUUGGCAGAAUGGGACAAUGUUUCCAAUAUCAUCCAACUUGGUGGAACUAUCAUUGGAAGUGCCCGGUGCAAGAGUUUCCGCACCCGUGAAGGACGCCUGGCAGCAGCUUACAACCUGAUCCAACAUGGUAUCAACAAUCUGUGUGUGAUCGGGGGUGACGGCAGUCUAACUGGGGCCAAUAUCUUUCGGACAGAAUGGAGUGACUUGCUGGCUACCCUUGUUCAAGAGGGUAAAAUCACUGAAGAUGCAUCCCAACAAUAUUCCCACCUGAACAUUGUUGGGAUGGUGGGAUCAAUUGACAAUGACUUCUGUGGGACAGACAUGACUAUUGGCACAGACUCUGCCCUGCACAGGAUCAUGGAGGUGAUCGAUGCAAUAACCACCACGGCACAGAGUCACCAGAGAACCUUUGUACUUGAAGUCAUGGGCAGACAUUGCGGAUACCUUGCACUGGUGUCUGCAUUGGCUUCUGGUGCCGACUGGCUUUUUAUCCCAGAGGCCCCUCCAGAGGAUGGCUGGGAAGAUUUCAUGUGUAAGAGACUUGGAGAGAGUCGCAGUAGAGGUUCGAGACUAAAUAUCAUCAUCCUUGCAGAGGGAGCAAUUGACCAGCAUGGAAAUCCCAUCAGCUCCAACUACGUAAAAGAUCUUGUUUCUAAACGUCUUGGAUUUGACACACGGGUCACUGUCUUGGGGCAUGUCCAACGAGGAGGAACACCUUCUGCAUUCGAUCGAAUUCUGAGCAGCAAGAUGGGCAUGGAAGCUGUACUCACACUGUUGGAUGCUUCGCCGGAGACUUCAUCUUGCGUUGUCAGCCUCUGUGGCAACCAGGCCCUGCGGCUGCCGCUGAUGGAGUGUGUGAUGCUGACGAAGGAUGUUCAGAAAGCAAUGGAUGAGAAGAGAUUUGAUGAAGCCAUAACGCUGCGUGGCAGGAGUUUUGAGAAUAACUGGAAUAUCUACAAGCUACUGGCACACCAGAAGCCUUCUGUGACUAAGAGUAAUUUCAAUCUGGCCAUCAUGAAUAUUGGAGCUCCAGCAGCAGGGAUGAAUGCAGCCGUGCGUUCCGCAGUCCGGGUUGGGCUGUCAGCUGGUCACACAGUCUACACUGUUAGCGAUGGUCUAGAAGGUUUCUCCACAGGGCAGAUUAAGGAAGUGAGUUGGCGUGAUGUUGGAGGCUGGACUGGACAAGGCGGGUCGCUGCUGGGCACUAAACGGACACUCCCCGAAAAGUGCAUGGAUAAGCUCGUGCAGCAAAUACGUAACCAUAACAUCCACGCUCUGCUGAUCAUUGGCGGGUUUGAGGCCUUUGUAGCAGCUCUGCAGUUGACCGAGGGGCGGGACCACUACGAGGAGCUCUGCAUCCCCAUCUGUGUCAUCCCUGCCACCAUUAGCAACAACGUGCCAGGAACUGACUUCAGCCUGGGCUGUGACACUGCUGUCAAUGCAGCCAUGGAGACUUGUGAUCGCAUCAAGCAGUCAGCUUCAGGAACCAAGCGCCGGGUCUUCAUUGUGGAGACCAUGGGAGGUUACUGUGGCUACCUGGCCUCCGCCACUGCUCUGGCUGUCGGGGCUGAUGCUGCUUACAUCUACGAAGACCCGAUCAAUAUCCAUGACCUGACGGCCAACGUGGAGCACCUGACGGAGAAGAUGAAGACGACAGUGCAGCGUGGGCUGGUGAUAAGAAAUGAGAAAUGCCACCCACACUAUACCACGGAAUUCUUGUACAACCUGUACUCUGCUGAGGGGAAGGGCGUAUUUGACUGUCGUACCAAUGUGCUGGGCCACAUGCAACAAGGAGGCGCUCCUACCCCGUUCGAUAGGAACUUUGGUACAAAACUGGGUGUGAAGGCUGUGCAGUGGCUUACGGAGAAGCUCCAGGAGUCCUACAGGAAAGGGAGAGUCUUCGCCAACUGUCCGGAGACCGCCUGUGUCCUGGGAAUGAACAGGAAGGCCCUGGUUUUCCGACCUGUCACAGAACUGAAGGGGGAAACCGACUUUGAGCACCGGAUGCCCAAGGAGCAGUGGUGGCUGAGGCUCCGGCCUCUGCUGAAGAUGUUGGCCAAGUACCAGACUGGCUUCGACAACUACAUCACAGGGAAGGUGGAGCACGUGAACCGGAGGAGCCUCAGUGUGGAGUCUGGUUUCUGAGAGAGGCAGCUUGCUAGCACUUUCUCCCCCCCCCCCACCAAUGCAUUUCACCCCUUUACUGUGUCCAACUGUGAACUGGUGUACAAUAGCUUGCUCCUGUAGAGCACAUGAAACUUAGAACAUUCCUUGGUGCUUUAGGCACACUUUCAGACUAAAGGAGUUUUACACCCCAAGUGGUAACAGCAUUGGCCCUGAAGAGGCAAUCUCCCUUGCACUCUUAGAGCAAGAUAUUCUCUCUCCCCUUCCCUCUCCUCAAGUUCUGCAACUACAAGAACUCCAAACAAAGCAAACAGUAUUCUUACUAUUUUUAGUUGAUUGGCUUUUGGUGAAAGUAGUCUAAUGCUUCCACUCAGUGCAAUAACUCGAGUCUGUCUGAAGGGUGAAAGCACAGAGAAAGGAAGUGGGGAUGGUUGGAAUAGUAUUUUUUCAGUCUUUCUAGACAAUCACAUGUGACUGGGAAUGAGUGGGGAGGGGUGCCGAAGACCAAGUCACAAAGUGAGCGUCUUAGCUAACUUCUCCAGUCGUUCAUAGGAAAUGCAAACACAGCACUGAGAUAACUACCUCCCCACAUCUAACCACAGCAAAGCAUUUCCCAAAAAUAAUUGUGAAAGCAUAGCUGUUGUGUCUGUACAUUCUGUGUCAGUCAAUUCUAGUGCUGAAUGCACACUCCUACUUUUAACACUUGUUUUGAGUACACUUAUGUCAACCUCCAAAAUUUACUGAUGUUACUUAAAUUGCCGCUCGAUUGCAAUGAAGGGCCAGGAAGUGAAUAAUACUGAUUCUCAUUUUCAGAAAUGUAUUGAUCCUGGAAUUAAUUGUGGUUGAUUUUACUAGAUUCUUUUAACAACCCCACAUUUAAAAUUUGAAGCUUAACCACAGUUCAUAGCAGGUUUAUCUUAAGAAAGUGUUGUCAAUGUUUCAGAAACUCAGCCGUGGAUUAUUGUUGCAAAUACAUCAUGCAUUUAUCCCAGUGUUUUCAAAUGAAUAAACAUCUGUUAAGUAUUAAGGUGGCAUUUCCCUUUAAGUAUUACUAUAGCAUGCACUGAUCGUGUGGCCAUUCCAGCCAAAGCUAAGUGAACAAGUCCUUUGUGUUGUCACUGUUGUGUUCAAUCAAGGCAAGGUAGCAGGAUGGAUUAUUAUUACUCUGUCCGUCUGGUGGAAAGUGAAAGUCUCCUUUGCCAACUGGUAAACUCGGGUCUGCUUGAUGAAUGCAGGGUGCAACGUAAGCCGUCUGCAACCUUUCAUUAGAGACUGUGCACCAGAGCAUAAAAACAGUUUACCUCCUAGCUGGCUGUCGUUCACCUGCCCCAGAGGGAUCAACACUUGCACGGUGUUGAGAAGUUCUCUGUGGCAAUGUAAUACCUUGAAAUCUCCCAACAAUAAUUCAGUGGCGUACCUUAACUGUCAUAUUCCACCACUUUCAUCAUUGAGUAAACCAUCAUUGGCCAGUGUAUCUAAUAUGUGCAAUGGCUUUCUGUGGGCUCUAUGUAUAUAAAAUUGUCUGCAUCAUGUACUGACAUUGAAAUUUGAACUAGAUAGAUUAUGUCUUGUGAUUAAAUUUAUAUUGC